AUCGUGCACAGCUCGAGCUGCAGAAGCCAAGCACCACUAUUGUCUCCUGUCGCUGCUCUCCAAGCAGGCACGCGUAUAAUUCAAAUCCACCUCCCGCCUACCUUUCUUCUCUCGUCUUGACCACCACCACCCGUCAAGCCUCUUUCACAAUGGGCAAAGUCCUCCUCGUUCUUUACGACGGCCAUGAGCACGCCAAGCAAGAGCCAAAGCUGCUCGGAACCACAGAGAACGAGCUGGGUCUCAGAAAAUGGAUCGAGUCGCAAGGCCACGAGCUUGUCACCACCUCCGACAAGGAGGGUGAGAACAGCGAGUUCGACAAGCACAUUCCAGACGCCGAAGUCAUCAUCACAACCCCAUUCCACCCAGGUUACCUCACUGCUGAGCGCCUCGCCAAGGCCAAGAAGCUCAAGAUCGCCGUCACUGCUGGUAUCGGAUCCGAUCACGUCGACCUGAACGCUGCCAACACCACCAAUGGCGGUAUUACCGUUGCCGAGGUCACGGGCUCCAACGUUGUCUCAGUCGCCGAACACGUCGUCAUGACCAUCCUGAUCCUCGUCCGCAACUUUGUCCCAGCUCAUGAGCAGAUUGCCCGUGGUGACUGGAACGUCGCCGCUGUUGCCAAGAACGAGUACGAUCUCGAGAACAAGGUUGUCGGUACUGUUGCUGUGGGCCGCAUUGGCGAGCGUGUGCUCCGCCGCCUGAAGCCAUUCGACUGCAAGGAGCUCCUCUACUACGACUACCAGCCACUCAGCCCAGAGGUCGAGAAGGAGAUUGGCUGCCGCAGAGUCGACAGCCUCGAGGAGAUGUUGGCCCAGUGUGAUGUUGUCACCAUCAACUGCCCACUCCACGAGAAGACCCGCGGUCUCUUCAACAAGGAGUUGAUCAGCAAGAUGAAGAAGGGCUCAUGGCUCGUCAACACUGCCCGUGGUGCCAUCGUCGUCAAGGAGGAUGUUGCCGACGCGCUCAAGUCUGGUCAGCUCCGUGGUUACGGUGGUGAUGUCUGGUUCCCACAGCCAGCACCAAAGGACCACCCACUCCGCUACGCCUCUUACAUCGACUGGGAGGGUGGCAACGCGACUGUGCCACACAUGUCCGGUACUUCGCUCGACGCUCAGCAGCGAUACGCUGCCGGUGUCAAGAGCAUCUUGGACUCAUACUGGAGCGGCCGCGAGGACUACCGACCUGAGGAUCUGAUCGUGCACAAGGGUGACUACGCCACCAAGGCCUAUGGUCAGCGCAACAAGAAGUAGAUGAUGCGAACCGUGGCCUCUGCGUAACGAAUUUUAUGGCAUUAAAAGAUACCUUUUAGUUGUACAAUCUUGACCAGUUGUCGAGGCUUAGCGAGCCUGAAUUAAUCAUCAUGAGC